ACGGAUCAUGUUCUCAACGAGGGAUCCAUUCAAUCAGUCUUUAUUGACCGUCCGAUGUGCUUUGGACCCCCGUCACCGUGAGAUUAUCCACAAGUUUAUGUGGUUGGGAAAGCGAAGUAUAUAUACGUUCAGUAGUUCUGCUUCGUGUUAGUCUGCAAACUGAAAGAUUGAGAAGAUAUCAAGAUGGAAACAUUGGCACAAUCUUCUUUGGGCGUGCAUCCAGGGCCGUCUCUGCGGGGACUGCAAACCAAGGAACAUCUUAAACAGCUUCCUUUUGCUCAUGUAGUACCCGGUUCACGUUCCUCCAGCCCAUUUGCUCGAGCCCAUUGCUCCAUCUCCAGAUCGGGGGUUGGAAUAGCACCCAAAAGCUCUUUUACAAAUGAUGCUUUAAAGGCCCUGCGUACCAGGUCUACAGGUAGUCAACAAAGGCCUGUUGUUGUGAAGCAAGAUUCUGCAGCAGCAGGAUAUGCAGCAGCUCUCUUGGACAUUGGACAGUCCAAUAACACGCUUGAGGUAAUUAAUAGGGAUAUGGAGAAGCUUUCACAUUUGUUGAAAAACCAGGAGGUCUAUGAUUUCCUCAUCAAUCCUGUAAUUGGGAAUAGAAAGAAGAAGAGCAUUCUUAAGGCUAUUGCAGAUGAUGCAAAAUUCCAAUCUUAUACUCUCAAUUUCCUGAGCCUUCUUGUUGAUAAGCAAAGGAUGAACAUAGUAAAAGAUAUCCUGAAAGAGUUUGAAUCGGUAUACAAUGAAAUGACAGAUACACAAGUUGCUACUGUAUUCUCUGCACUGAAGCUUGAACAUUACCAGUUUGCCCGAAUUGCAAAGAAAAUAAAGAACUUAACUGGUGCUCAGAAUGUGAAACUGCAGAGCAUAAUUGAUCCUUCUUUGAUAGCAGGCUUUGUCAUCCGCUUUGGGAAAGAUGCAUCCCAAAUGAUAGAUAUGAGUGUGAAAGGUCAAUUUGAGAACUUAUCUGCCCAAUUUGUUGGUGCAGAGAAGGCUGCAGCUUUUUGAAUCUUAUGACAGGAAAUUCUAAUUCCCCCUAUGCUAGAGUCUACAGCAUCCAGUUGUCUUCUCCUAACAGACUGUAAAAUUGGCAUGUAAAACUUGUUUCCAUUUUGGCUAAGGAUUUUCCAAAACAUCCAUCCGUCUCUAUAUGUUAGAGCACUACCAAUAUUCAUGAUGCUUAUAUGAGGAAUCCAGUCUUUUUUGGGGCUGAGUUGCUACUUGUAAAUCCAGUAUGCCCUAUAUAUGAUAUCAAAGUUAAUAAAAAAAGACAUUACCAGAAAGCAAACUGCUCCAAACUGAGUUCCACUGGAUGAAUCAAACUGAGCUAUAUACCUGUAAAUAAAAGGAAUAAUUGAGAUUGCUAAUUUGGAGUUUAUCCUUCUAUGGGAUAAGAUACAGAGUCUGUAAAGAUUAUUGAUAUUUAAAUUAUUUAUGAACUUGGUGUCUAGUGAA